AUGCUAUUUGGACAUGAAUGGAGCAGGACCCGAGGUCCCAUCGGCCCUGGCAAGUAUGGCUAUGGGAAAGCCCCAUACAUUUUACCACUGCAGACAGACUCCACACACUCACCACAGAGGCUUCGGAGGCAGAGGUCCUCGUCCCGGCAUUCCAGGUCCCAAGAGGCAUCGGGUCCUAGCUAUGGCUAUAGCCCUCCACGUGGCCGGGCCCCCCACCGUAGCCCUCUGUACCAGGGUGACAGUGGCCCUCAUUCUGGACUGCAGGCCUCAGAGGCUUCCAUCUACCAGCUGCCUUUGACCCAUGACCAGGGCUUCCCUGUAGCUUCAAGUUCCUUGCACAGCCCAGAAACAAGCAGCAGCCAUGGCAUGGGGGCCCACAGCACAGCCCUGAGCUUCGCCCAGCCAGCCCGGUCUGCAGCAAUCUCCUGCAUUGGGGCCUAUCGCCAAUACAAGCUGUGCAACACCAACGUGUGUCCAGAAAGCAGUAGGAGUAUUCGGGAGGUACAGUGUGCAUCCUACAACAACAAGCCAUUCAUGGGCCGCUUUUAUGAAUGGGAACCAUUUGCAGAAGUAAAGGGCAAUCGGAAGUGCGAGUUGAACUGCCAGGCAAUGGGCUAUCGCUUCUAUGUACGCCAAGCUGAGAAGGUCAUUGAUGGCACCCCCUGCGACCAGAACGGCUCGGCCAUCUGCGUGUCUGGGCAGUGCAAGAGCAUCGGCUGUGACGAUUACCUAGGCUCCGACAAAGUGGUGGACAAAUGCGGGGUGUGCGGAGGCGACAACACGGGCUGUCAGGUGGUGUCGGGCGUGUUUAAGCACGCCCUCCCCAGCUUGGGCUACCACCGCGUUGUUGAGAUUCCCCAAGGAGCCACAAAGAUCAACAUCACCGAGAUGCACAAGAGCAACAACUAUCUGGCCUUGCGAAGUCGUUCUGGCCGCUCCAUCAUCAACGGGAACUGGGCAAUUGACCGGCCUGGAAAAUACGAGGGUGGAGGGACAAUGUUCACCUACAAGCGUCCAAAUGAGAUUUCGAGCACUGCUGGAGAGUCCUUUCUGGCUGAAGGUCCCACUAACGAGAUCUUGGAUGUUUAUAUGAUACACCAGCAGCCUAACCCAGGAGUCCACUAUGAGUACGUCAUCAUGGGGACCAAUGCCAUCAGCCCACAAGUGCCACCUCACAGGAGACCAGGGGAGCCCUUCCAUGGCCAGCUGCUCCCGGAGGGGAGGAGUCAGGAGGCGGGAGAAGAGAAGGAACAGACAGAGGAGAAGGAAGGCUUGCACGGUGGGGCACCAGAAAUAUUCACCUCGGAAUCUGCGCAGACCUUCUCAGCCAGGCAUCCAGAUAGAUUUUCUUCCCACUGGCCGGGCAAUUUGGUGCUACCAGCACCACAGCCCCCACGACGAAGCCGAGAUCACAACUGGAAACAGCUUGGGACCACGGAGUGCUCCACGACCUGUGGGAAAGGAUCGCAGUACCCCAUCUUUCGCUGUGUGCACAGAAACACUCAUGAAGAGGUUCCCGAGAGCUACUGUGACUCCAGCACGAAGCCGACCCCCGAGGAGGAGCCCUGCAGCAUCUUCCCUUGCCCAGCCUUCUGGGACAUCGGGGAGUGGUCCGAGUGCAGCAAAACCUGCGGCCUGGGCAUGCAGCAUCGCCAGGUUCUGUGUCGCCAGGUGUACGCCAACCGAAGCCUGACGGUGCAGCCCUACCGCUGCCAGCACCUGGAGAAGCCCGAGACCACCAGCACCUGCCAGCUCAAGAUCUGCAGUGAGUGGCAGAUCCGGACGGACUGGACCUCGUGCUCUGUGCCCUGUGGAGUGGGGCAGAGGACCCGGGACGUGAAGUGUGUGAGCAACAUUGGGGACGUGGUUGACGACGAGGAAUGCAACAUGAAGCUCCGGCCCAAUGACGUUGAGAACUGCGACAUGGGGCCCUGUGCGAGGAGCUGGUUCCUCACCGAGUGGGGUGAGAGGUGUUCAGCGGAGUGCGGGGCUGGAGUGCGGACUCGCUCGGUGGUAUGCAUGACCAACCACAUCAGCAGCCUGCCUCUGGAGGGCUGUGGGAACAACCGGCCAGCAGAGGCCACUCCCUGUGACAACGGGCCCUGCAUGGGCAAGGUGGAGUGGUUUGCUGGGAGCUGGAGUCAGUGCUCCAUAGAGUGUGGCAGUGGGACCCAACAGAGGGAGGUGAUUUGUGUUAGGAAGAAUGCAGACACCUUUGAAGUGCUGGACCCCUAUGAAUGUUCCUUCCUAGAGAAACCCCCCAGCCAACAGACCUGCCACCUGAAGCCUUGUGGAGCCAAAUGGUUUAACACAGAAUGGAGCAUGGUAA